AGAGCUGUACAAAGUAGUCUGUGACAAGACCACCAUGUCCUUUGCAGAGAGUGAGGAACUAAAACUGACACUUCAAGCACAGUCUCAGAUGGAAUCAAAGAUGUUACAAACAGAAGAACGUCACCGGGUGAAAUCAGGCCAAGUAAUAGCAGGAAAUUUGAAGUUCUUAUGACUUAAGAGAAAACAGAGUCAUUCUGUUGUGCAUGCCAGGUUUUUUGCUUAUGGAAAUAAACAAAGGUCAACACGGCAAAGAAUAGACACACAAAUACAAGACAUGAUGAACAAGGUGAUCAUUCAUUCAUUUUUAUUCUUUUGCAUGUUAAAGGUAAGGACAUGCAGAUUAUGAUAGCUUCUGCUGGGACAGAAUGUCUAAGCAGAGAGGAGAUGCAGGAGUGCAAGUUGUGUAAACUUAUGGUUUCUCUGAAACCUCAAUGCCAGCUGUACAGCUCUUAGAAUGGGCAACUCUGCCCAAGACUCCCACAGGAUGAACUAGUUGAAUGCAACUUCUACACAACUUCUGCUGAUGGUCUUCCCUUGACACUAGCAGUAUAACUGACAUCCUCCAUUUCCUAACAGAACCCCUGGGCAGAGCACAACAGUGCAACUAGAACACCCCACACAGCGCCACAUUCAACUUCAUCCUAAGGCUUGUCAACAUAGAAGUGGGUGCUUCCCUAUUCCAAUAGAGGUGGAUUUAACCCACUCUGUCAACUUAGUAUAGGCUCAGUCCCAGGCCCUAACUACUAGGCCACAGAGGUCACACACCAAAAAUGGAAUGUACUCUCUCAACCCUCCACCUCUCAAUUAAUCUUGAAUACUUGUCUGCAUAAUGGCACAAGUACAGCAAGAGCAGAGGAAAAGUUCUAUGUCUCUAGCCUUGUUCUAGGCAUCAUACCCUGAAUCUGCUGACCUUAAUCUUUGCUAAGUGUGCUUCCUGUUUUGGAUCUCAUUGUGAAACAGCCAGUUAUUCCCAUGGACUCUAUAUGGAAGCUAGAUACCUCAGAUAACAUUUCACUCCUAACAUUUCACAGAAAUUAGACUGUGUAGGACCUAUCUUCAAAUAGACUUUUAUUGCAUUUUCAAAAGUGGUUAGGGGGUCUAACUCCUUUUGUGGGAGAAAAAAAAUUUUUUUUUAAUAAAUAAAAGGUUAUUUCACAUAUAUUUUUAUUUGAUAUAGGUUUUACCAUGUUUAAUUCCUGCAUACUGCUAUAGGAAUUUUAGGAGUAUCAGAGUAGCGAACAUCUACUCUUUCCUGCAUUAUUUUGCCAUGGUUCUUUCUCCAUCUUAGGCUAUACAAACAAUACAGCAUGAAUGUAUUUGGUUCAUCUGACAGGCUUGAGCAAGGAAAGCCCCAAUAGCUGGAAUACUUAAGCCCAUUUUUAAGUUUGAGUAUGACUGAAUUUAGUGGGUCUACUCAUGUCCUUAAAAUAAAGGAUAGGCUUGUAUGGUUUACUAGAUUGAAGUUUAAUUUUUUAAAGAAAAACAUUCAAUUUUAUUUAAACUCAGCAAAGUUAACAAUGUGUUAAAAGAACCACAUUCAUUUUAUGCAUUUCAAGUUUCCUCUUGUCCCCUCAUCUUUUAUGCAGACUGUUGGUUGAUUACAAUGGAUAGACAGCAUUAAGCAAAAACAACAUCUAAAAUGUUUAGCCGCAAAGCAGAUUCUGGACAGCAAGUUCCUUAUCUGGACGGCAAUAUUCUGAAUUAUUUUUAGGAACUAUGGACAAGGUACGAUACUACUACUAAGGAUGUGUAUACAAAAUGCCGAUAUUCAAACUCAUAUGUUUGAUUAAUUUAGUAAGUUAAUUGUUUAGUUAGUUAGAGCAUGGUGUUACUAACACCUAGGUCAUUCAAUCCCUGGUUGGACUAGAAGUGAUCCAGCCUUACUUCUCUAUGAAAAAUCUGUGUUCUCUGUAUCUGCUGCAAAACCUGCAUUUAAUAUAUUGUACACAUUUAAUAUUAUAAACACACACACUUUAGCAUCUUGUAAGUCUGUUAUAGUACUACACCUAAAUGUUCAGAAUGUUGAACUAUAGUGUAAAAUUGUAAUGACAAUAAUCUCUGUGUGCACAUACACACAACAAUAAAUAGGAGAGCAACAUUUACUAGGGCAUUGCACUCCAUUGCUGGGAAGAUCCUCACCCACAUUCUCCUCAAUAGACUCAUUCCCUGUAACAAGUGCUCAUCCUGGAGGCGGUCAUGACACGCCCUGGGAGCUACUCAGCACUUGCCACCCUGUCUGUCCUUGGACACUCCCUUUCUUAGUUGCCACACCUUGGUUUUAUCACCUUUUAUAAAAGGAAGUCUGCCCAAGCCCAAGACCGAUCUUAUUGUUAUGACCACAGGUGUUCAUGGUCAUUGCCUUAAGAACUCAUUGCAUACCUGGAUAUAUCAGAAACACCUGAAAGCCUCAUAAUGUUAUCGUUGGCAAUGUCUUCAGAAAAUCCUUCAUAUCAGUCGGAAGGACAGAAUAACAAAUGCCAGCAUUCUGGCUCAGGUAGACACCACCAGCAUCAAAUCCAUUUAUGCAACACCAGUUCCAUUGAAUAGGACAAAUCAUAAAGAUCCCUGACAGCCAGCUCCUGAAACAGGUCCUAUACUCCCCACUUGCCAAUGGUCACCAGUCUAAAGGUGAAAAAAAAGAGAGAUUAAAGGACACUUUGAAGGCCAAGCUAAAGAAAUCCAAUAUCAAUAUCUAUACCUGUGAGACUCAAGAACUGAAUGAUUCCCCAAGGGUGCCAUGUACAUCAAGGAAUUGAUCAUGUUGUGCAUAUUGCUUCACUCUGGAAGCCAACAGAUGAGAGAAACAAAGAGAAAGACUUGUGACCUAACAUCACCCAGAUCCACUCUUUUCUCCUAGAACUGUUUACCACGUCUACAGUUGAACAUGCAGACCUCAGGUUGGCCUCUUAAGUCAUCUCUGGACUCAUUGAUGACUUCCUUAUUUACCAGAAAACUGUGAUUCUUGUAUCAAGAGACUGCAGCUGCUGACAAUGAUAGAACAGAUGAACCACAGAAACAAAGGAUAUACAGGUCCUUUAGCACUACAGGCAUAGUGGUUUUGGGAUGACUUGGCUGAUCUUGAUGCUGCGACUGAGAUAUGAAGCAGCAAGAGGAGGAUUACUAAGGUCCAAUCCUGCCAGUGUUUUUUGGCACUUAUACCAGAUCUGCUAUUAGAUUUUAACUCAUCACUGGAUUCCAUCUUAAAAUAGCAUUAUACCUAAUUUUUUCUGAAAGAAUUUUGUUUUUAUCCUAUGAAGGAGAAAUAUAUUUGUGAUUUAUUGAGGGUAGGAACAAUUAAUCUAUUUACAGAAGAAACAGGUGAAGGUAAUGAUAGAAGUAAUCAAAACAUAGAAAUAAGCAUUUACUUGUUAGCAGAAAGUAUAGAACUAGACUAUGCAAAACAGAAGUCACCUUACCAGCUUGCAUAUGGCACAAAAUCAUUACCUGGUGCUGGAGAGCAUAUGAUGCUUACUGCCAUCACCAAAAGCAUGUAUGAUUGGUUUGUGGUUUUUCAUCACAAUUGCCUUUUAGAACUAAUGUAAAUAGAAACACUGCAGAUGAGUACAUGAUUGCCAAGUAUAUAUCAGAUAAAUAUCCAUUCAUACAUAAAAACUUUUCAGAAAAUUAUUUCUUUUUCAAAAGUAGAAGCCCAUCCUACUUUUGAAUUGAAUUUUCCUCAGUUUUUUCCUCUUAUUAUUGGUCACAAGAUCAAACGAACACUUCCAUUACAAGACAACAAACCUCAAAAAGAUUGAUUUUUAUUUUAAAAGCUAAUCUUAAAAAUGAUCCUCAGGAUAGUUUAGGCUGAAAUGAAAUCAGGAUACAACACUUAAGGCUCUCAUGAAUGAACAUGAUUGUAAAUGUCUGGAUAUAAAUUAAAGGACUAACAACUUCAGUAUACAUUGCUUAUCCUGCAACUAGGCAAGAGAAAAAAAGUAAACCUGAGUAAUAAUGCAAGAGUAUCUCUAAUUUGUUUGAAAAAUAUAGUCAAGUUUUAAAAUAUAUUGAAAAUAGAUUAUGCAGUAGUGAAUUCUGUUUAUGAAUGAUCUCCAAAACAUAGCAAGAGAUAAAACAAGCAAAGUGGAAAUGUCAAUAGGCUAAGAAUUAAAGAACUCAGGUGACGGUAAUAGAUAAAUAGAGCCUUUCAUAUCCAGACAGCAAGCUUGUAUCCAGCUUAUGUUGUUAAUGAUCUGUCUGAAAUAAGCUGGCAGUUCUUAGGAAACAAGUGAAUGAAAAUUGCUUCUGUAAUUGCUCCAUUACUGUUGCUGACUCUGUAGAGAGGAUGGUGUAUACCUUGCAUGUGGUUUCCCUACACCAGGAUUGAGCAAUUUGGACCUGCAGUGAGUAAGUUGGCAUAGACACAAUAUAUUAACUACCAUAUAGCAGAAUUGUGGUAUCUAAAGUGGGAAUCGUGUGACACUUAGGCAAUUAAGUCAGUCCAAAAUUAUGAUCCUCAGCUGCCUGUUAACCUAGGAAGCAGUUCAGUUUGCCACCUCAGUGCUUGCCAGUACACAGACUAAUAAGAUUGCAUUCCUCACAAAAUGCAGUACCUGUUAAGGAAACAGCCUGGUGGGUAGCGCACUCAUCCAUGAUGGUGAAAGUUUAUUUCCCUCUUUUGAAUGUUACUUUUUAUUUUAUGUGAUACAGUCCCUGGAUAAAAUGGAGGAGCAAGCCAGAGACCAGGAAUUGCACUCCAGAUUUUCCCACUCCUAGCUUGGUACCCUCACUGAGAUGGAUGCUCUUGUGCUGUCUUUCUGGCUUAUAGGAUUUUGAAUUAUUUUCUUUACAGUAGCAGAGGAUACUACAUACACACAUAAUGAGACUAGCUUAUUCCCCGGCAAAUAAAUCAUUCUUCUGGGAGUUGGGAAAAAUGGAUUGGAGUUCUUUCAGAUAAAAGAACCCAUGCCUCCAGUUUUCCCGAUGAAUGCUCUAACUACUAGACUUUUAUACAAAAGGCACAGGCACCACUUUUUCAUCCUAGUGAAUCCUGUUCAGUUUUUUGAAAGAAAGAUCAUAGACACUUAUCUUCAGAGGAGAAUUGCAACCAGUGGAUUCUACUGGGGUGCAGGCACCACCCUACAACCCUGAAAAGUGGAAUCUAAGACUUGAGUUUGUCUUCAACUUUCCUGUUAGUUAGCUAGGAGUCUCUCUGCUGAUCGUUUUCUUUCCUGAUACUGCUACCGAGAACAUCAUUCUGAACCCACCCCCCGCCCAUAUUCAAUGUAGGGAACAUACUGGGUUCUAGAUUCCACUCCAGAAGCCUGGUUCUGUGGUGUCUAAGACCUUUAUUGGAUCUUGCUCUAUAAAUCACUCCAGAAUAAGAUAAUCCAGCAGCAUUAUUUACAGAAAAGCAUGAAAGGACAUUUAAAAAACCAACGUAAAAAACUUGUAGUGCAAAGUCAUUUUAUUGAUUGUACAAAUUGCAUCGUUCAACAGUCCUAGUCUUUCUAUCAAUAAGUCAGUGACGCAUGCCUCUUCACUUUCACAUCUAAUGAAUUUUUGAGUAAAAGAACAAAGGCUUGGGUAAGUCUGCCUCGCCUAAGACAGAAGACAAACAAAGACAAAAGCACAUGUACAACAAGAAAUGAGCUGGAAUCAACCAAAGGUUUUAAAGUGGACAGCUUAAUGGAAAACAGUAAUUUUCAAGAGCUCAAUAGAGCUCUUGGAAAAACAAUACAGAAGCCAGAGAGAUUUAAUCUUCUUUUAGUCAGAAGGGUAGAAAAGCCCUGUAGAAAUGUAAUGCAAUUACUAGAUCAAUUGUGCUUUACUUUAGAAAAAGGAAAAAAUAUUGUGAUAUUGGGUGAAAAUAAUACUUCAAAAAACACUACUAGCGUGUUUUGUAAAUGGUUUUAAAGCUGUAUUUGUGUAUUGGCUAGUGCUGUUCUGAGUAUAUGACAGUCUUAGUAUUUACAACAGGGACUAGCAACAGGAAAGUGCUCUGAAAUAUUUCAGUGUCUUUUUGUACCACCAGUAACUGUCAUCAAUGCAGUUGCAUUGCUGUUGUUUUUGGAUCCAAGUGGCUAGGACACAUUCUUAGGCUCUGAUCCUAGAAUAAGAUAUUCUGGGGUCCACCUAUACUCAAUGCAUUGUAGAAAUGAGGCUUAGAAUGAUAAGCAUUUCAAGGUAGGACCCAUAUCCUUGUACAUUUGUAGGGCAGCUACUUUAAAGGGUAGAUGAAGGCCACUAUCUUGAUUGGAAGAUCUACACUAUAUCUAGGCACUACAAUUAUGGCUGCUUCUUUCAGCUGCAAGUUAUCUCCUACACUCAUCUUCCAAGUACGCAAUCUAAAGCCCCAGUCCUGAAAAGACUCACACAUGUUGGUCAGCAGGGCUGGUCAUAUGUCUAAAAUGAAAUGUGUGAACAAGUAUUUGCAAGAUCAGCAGCAAAAUCUCCCUAAGUGGGGCCUGCAACAUAGUGGACAGGGUACUGGAGUGGGAGGCAGGAAUACCUAGUUUUAUCAGAAUCUAUACCACUCAGUGUGCCUUGAUAAAAUCUCUUGGACUGAAAUUUUGAAAAGCAGCCUCUGAUUAGCUCUAAUUGACAGAAGUGCUGAGCACCAACAUCUGCUAGAGUCAAUAGGAACUUUUCCUCUUGAAAAAUGGUUGUGGAUAGUUGAAGUUAGGUAUAUAAAAGUUAGAACCUUUCCUAACUUUUGGAAAGAUUAACUCCAAAUGCCCCAACUCUUAUUUUCCAUCUAUAAAGUGAUACUAGUUGAAAAGCAAUAGAUUAAAAGUUUGGAACAUAUGUUAAUUAUCAUUAGAAUGAACCAGGCUUGUCAUGAAAAUGAAUCAGAUAUACAAAAAAAAAAAAAAGGAAAAAAAAAAGCCCUUUAAAAUCUCUCUUAAAAAGAAGAUAAAGUCAGCAUUUGACACUUCCUGAGAACCAAAUGUGUCCAUUCUUAACUACAUAAAACCUUGAUAAAAAAUUCUGGGCACCCUCCUUCUUUCACUUUCUGUACCUUAGUUACAACUCAAGUAGCAUCCUAACCAAAAUGACAUCCCAGCUAUACAGCUGGUCCAAUAAAAGAUAUCAUCAUAAGAAUACUUGCAUCUCUAUCACCAGAAUUUCCUUCAUACUUUAUUUAGGCACCAGAGCUGAUGUUAAAUAGAAUUUUCAUUUUAGAGUUCCAAAGCUUGUUGUUACUGUUAUUUCAUGUCUUUUAGCUGAAUUAAAAUGUUAUUUUAAGGUAUUUUCAUAUAAUAUUGGUAAUUCACCUUACCAGCCCUUUCUGUAAUUUAAAAGAGGCUUAGGAGUAAGCAGGCCUCACUAUUUAAUUUUAUUUUGUUACAAUCUAAGAUCUUCAUUAGGCAUCAGCUGCUGCCCUGUGAUAACCAGUGCUUCCUUUUCUCCCAUCAAUUGGAAAACAUAGAUGACCAAUUAAUUGCAAUAGGGAAGUCAAUAUUUUGACAGCAUUUCAUGUCCUGCAAAAGGCAGAUAGAAUCUAUUAACAAAUUCUGUUAAUUAACAAGGGACAGACAAAUCUCCUGAUUUAGUAAUUGUUUAAAAGCUAAAUAUUUGUUCCAGGAUAAGUGAGUUUAUUUGAUGAGUUAGUUAAAACACAUGAUUGGGUAUCUGUGAACAGCUACAAUAAGAUACUAAGCAGUCAGCUUGCUUUUGUGGAGUAAAAUCAGAGUUUGCUUUAGAGAGACAGGAAUAGUUUAGAUAAAGUAGAGGGCAUUUUGUUUAUUUGUUUUGAAUUUUUUUGUUACUGUUUGCUGGGGUCGUCUACAUUGCAGAAAUUGAUGCUAAUUAAAUCUAGCCAAGUACUAAUAUUGUAUUAAGCCAGAAGUUAGAAAGAGUUGGUAAUGAAUGAGAAUUAAAAUGAGUUAUCUUACCUAUGUAUUAACCUUUCUGAAAGGGAAAGAAGUGAUUGUUGCAAAUGCAGUCAUAGCCAUCUUGACAAUUGGUGGGCAGCAACUCUUCUCCUUUUUUACAUUUAGCUGCCCCUGUCAUGUUGGGCAGAAUCUCAUUUAUGGUUUAGCUUUCCUAGGAGUCCCUGCACUGAUUCUUCUGAUUGUUGGAUAUGCAUUGAAUAAUCAGACUUGGAGGCUAGUUACAGGCAAACGCUCUUCCUUUCAAGAACUGAGUGCACGUAACAGCUUAUUGCAAUGCAAGCUUAUCUGUCUUGUCUUCUGUAAUGUCACGGGGAGAGCACUAGUUGCUCCAGUAACAUGGCUAGCGGUCACCCUGCUGAAUGGGUCCUAUUAUGUUUGUGCAAUGAGCGAGUUUGUCUCAGUGAAUCAUUACAAAGCUUUCAUCAAUAUCACUACUAAGGAACACAAGAAGAUCCUGGCUGCCUUUCCAUGUAGCCACUUAGUUCCUCCAGAGCUGAGCCGGGCAAAAGAUGAAGCGAUUCUUCUUCUUAAGUACCAGUCGCAGGUGGCUGGCUGGUUCCUGAUUGCAGGGGUAGCCAUUACUGUCUUCCUGUCCUAUUGUCUGGCAAGAUGUCUCUCUCCACUCAGCUUCUUGCACCUCAAGUACUGGGCUAGUUAUGUCCGUAAUGAGCAAAAACUCUUUGAAGAAGCAGCAGACCUGCACUCAAGGCUCUAUGCCACACAACACAUCAAGAAGUUCUUUGGUUUGGUCCCAGGGAGCAAGGAUUUGAGGGAAAUCCGUAUCCCUUCCUGUAAAGACUGGCGAUCCAUUUCAGGUGUUGCUGUCCUAAGAAUCGUAGAUGAAGAACAUUAUGACUACAGCCUCCUUCAUGACUGGGCAGUCAACAGCUCCACAAAUGGAAAAUAUUUUAAGAUUGAAGAAUCUAGCUCUAAGAACUCUGAGCCUCCACCAUCAACUUAAAGAAAAUAUGAAUGUCUUUUUAAUUUUACAUGAACUCCAGGUCAUCUCAAAGCAGGGGAGUUCCUAGUUUCCUCAUCUUGCUCUUUACAGUAGCACAUGCAGGUGCAUUUGCUGUUGAAUCUUGACUACAUGGUCUGCUUUUAAGAGUGCUCUUUCAUAUACUGGUCCUCUUGAGGACACCCUCGUGAUGGGGCAUGAUACUAUACACUUGAGAUUUGAAAAGCUUCGGUGAUCUCACUCGAUGCUGUAAAAGAAGCCGAGGGCAGUGGAAAAUGCGAACUGAAAAGCAGUAUAUUCCACCACUUUCUCACUAUUUCUUUUUUUUAAAUGUGUUUACUUUUAAUCCUGAUCUAUCAUUGUCCUAGUGAUGACUAACUAAACAGGAUCUCUCUCUUCUCCUUCCUCCCAUAUAAAAAGGAGAGAUAGCUAACUGUCCUAUACCAGUGACUCAAAAUGGCAAAUAUUCUUUCCUCAUCUACAUUGCAUGUCACUCAUAAAAUACAACACAAUGUUAAGUACAAGCUUAAGUGUAUAAUAAUGUGCAGCUAUGGAUAUUGUUACUGGAGACUUUUACAGAAAGCUUGUUGGUCACAGACUGAAAUCUUAUACUACUGACUAAAGACUUUUUCAUUUAUACUAAAUGGAGACUGCUAAAACUGGACUGAAUAGGAGAGGGGCCAUAUACUUUACUAACCCACUGCAUUAACACUUUACAUCUGAAUUAAAGUGUUGUCUCUGAUCAAAAAUGAAUAGUUCAGCUUUAUCCUUUUAUGCACACUUCUAUGCUUCUCACUUCCACAUGUAUUAACUCACUGAAUAAUGAAAUAAGGAGAAACUUUUCCUAAAUACUGUAUUUUUAUGUAUGUUCCUCUCUUCCCCCUUUCUGUGACAGUUGGUUUUGUGUUGUUUCCCCGGUGGUUUUGUACUAAUAAAAACAAAAAAGGGACUGAUUACUUGAAAUUUGUCUUUCAUGUCAUAACAUUUACUGGAUGCAAUGAAAGAAGGAUGCUACUUGUUGAUGCACAGAACUUGUUAUAGAUGGGGUAGUUUAAUGUGUAGUAAGCUUUGUUAUGAAUUGUUCACCAACCACUUUGUAUUAACUUAUCUGUAAAUUCUUAUCUUGAAGGACUAGUCCCUUUUGAAAGAUAGCUUGCUCUUGACACAUACCAGACAUAGAACUGAGGGAGGACAGCGGUGACCUGCACAGCAGGCCUUGGUGCUGACUUGGUGGAGGAGGAUUGCAAAAAUAGCUGCUGGUAUCAUUGGUGCUUCACAACCAGUGGCAUCCUGUGCACUGCUAUUGCUUAGGGUGGGGAGUUAGUGCAGCAUUGGUAAGUAAGAGACAUGCUUUAGGAGGAAAGUGGAGCAUGCCUGGUUGUGGGGGAGACUUGUUUGCUUUUAUUCUGUAAGUAACCAAAAGGAGGUGGCUGUGCAGUAAGAUUUUGUGCAUCAAAUGUAAUUAAAAAGAAAGCAGUACUUUCAAGAUAACACUUUUUUCAAAUCUGGAUGAAGAGGUGUGUUUCUUUUAGUUUUUUUCCAUUUCCAAGAAUUUAGUAGUAUAAAUGCAUGUGUCAAUUUCCAUGAAUUUGCGAAUCACUGUCCCACGCUAUAUUAGGAAAAGUUACCUUGACCAAUCUAGAAGAGACUUGUUUAAAUUUUGUUUAACUUUUAAAGUGCAAUUCUUUGUUUUUCCAUUUUCAAUGAGCUUGGACAAUAAAAGCUGAUGGGAUUCAACUUCA